UCUCAGAUUCUGAACAGAAGCUUGCUUCUCUCCAUCGCCGCUGCUGGCUGUCCCUUCCCUUUACGCGGAGUGCAUUGCGCAUCAAUAGACUUUAGAGUGAGGUGCAUUUUCGUCUCCAAAGUAUUUUAGGCAAAGCCGUAUCACUGCUCAGUUCGCAACUGCUUUGGACCCGAGGACAUUAUUGGUUUUUCGAGAAGUCUGGACAACUAUUUCACAUCUUUCUUCCCUCCCAUUGGAUCUAUCGCUCCCGAAAGGCGCGCUCGUGUGCUUUAAGAUGCAGCCCGGACGCAAGUCGUGUUGGAGGCAAUUGCAGGCGUCCUUUUUCAGACUGCUGUGUCUUAUCCCCACAGGAUUCCCUGUCCGGAGUGUGGAUAUGCAGCGGGCCACCGACAACAUCACCAUCCGCCAGGGCGACACGGCGAUCAUAAGGUGUUAUGUUGAUGACAAAGUGUCCAAGGUGGCCUGGCUCAAUCGAUCCAACAUCAUCUAUGCCGGUCAAGACAAAUGGUCCCUGGACCCCAGAGUAGAUCUGGUCACUAAAGGACAGCUGGAGUACAGCCUGCGCAUUCAGAAGGUGGACGUGUAUGACGAGGGCUCAUACACCUGCUCCAUACAGACCAAGCAGCAGCCCAAGACCUCGCAGGUCUACCUCAUCGUACAAGUUCCAGCCAGCAUCUACAAGGUGUCAGACGACAUCAUAGUGAACGAGGGCAGUAACGUGACACUCAGCUGUUUGGCCAGUGGCAGGCCGGACCCUAUGAUCACCUGGCGGCUGCUUAACCCCUCAGCAGAGCCGUUGGACGGAGAAGAGUAUCUGGACAUUAUUGGCGUCAUGCGAAACCAAGCGGGUCGUUACGAAUGCAAGGCCAGCAAUGACGUCGCCACGCCGGAUGUCAAAUACGUCAAUGUGGUCGUCAACUACCCUCCGACAAUAAAGAAGACCCAGAGCUCGGAGACGCAGGUGGGCCGCAUGGGGAUCCUGCAGUGUGACGCCACCGCUGUGCCCACACCAGAGUUCGAAUGGUACAGAGACGAAAAAAGGCUGUCCAAUGCCCAGGGCAUCAAUAUCCAAAUUCUUGGCACUACCACUGUUCUCAUGAUUGCCAAUGUUACCGAGGAGGAUUAUGGGAACUACACCUGUGUGGCCUCAAACCGACUGGGCGUCCAGAAUGCCAGCCUUUUCCUUUAUAGACCCGGGACAGGUCGAGAUAUCAACAGCGCUGCCUGUGUAUCUCAAUCACUGUGGCUCUUGCUGGCCUCAUUCGCCUGCCUUUUCAUCAAGUGUUAAUACCACUGUCCUCUUUUUCCUCCUCUUCCUCCCAGCUCCUGGCCUUCAUUCCUCCUUCUCCUCCUUCUCCUCCUCCUCCUCCUCCUCUCCAGCUCACCGACAUCCUUAUUACCGCCCCUCCAGACUGUUUGCAUCGUGAUAUAAAAACCUUACUUGCUCUCAAGCACUGCUUACAGGUAUUACAACAAGCGAUGGGUUCAUCAGUAAAAAAUGUUUCGAGAACAACGACAAAAACAGUGAAAUUAAGGACAGGACAAGCAAACAGUGCUCUUUUAAAGAAAUGCAUUGCUCUUUUUAAUCCAUAUGCACUUCUUUGUUUCUGCUAAAUCUUGUCUUUGGGGUAUGGAUCGGGUUUGGGAUUUGUUGUGUUUUUGUCUUGAUGGGAAUGAAAGCAAAGGCUCUCUGCUCACAGGGAUGCCAACAAUCAUGUGUUGCUAGAAGUACUGAAGACAUAAGGUAUAUUUCCUCCUAUUAUUCCCGUUGUUUUAGUUGUUGAGUGUUUGAGCCGUGCAUUAAUGUGCAACAUGCAAAGUUUCUGCCAAAUAUCCAUAUACUGUAAAUUUGAAACUAGCACACACAGAAAUCAAAGGGAGAACACAGAUGUGUCUGUACAGAGAUUAAAGCUUGAUAUUAAUGAUGUGAUGCUUCUCUCGUGAGGAGCAUUUCCUC